AAAGCGAUCGAUAAGCAAACAAUCUGGGCUCUGACUGGCUGCUCCAGCGAUUCCUCCUCCCCUUACGCAAGUAAACUGCAUGCAAAAAUCCCACAUGAUCUACCAGCAGCGCCUUCGCUCCUAGCUAGCUGCUUGCGCCUUUUCUGUGCACACACACGCACACAAACGGAGGCUUCCAGAUCUGACACGCAUACACAUGUGGAUGUCUGCCACAGUCCUCAUAUAGCAUCUAUGCAGCCGUCUGUUGCACGCAGACAACCCAUCCCGCGAGCGUCCCCGCUUUUCCUAGGUGGCUGCUGACGAUUUAUACGCGGGGAAGAAACCGGUCAUUGCAAAAAAAUAGAAAGAAAAAGAAAAAAAGUGGGCGUGACUAUUUAAAGACCCCCCCCCAUUUUCCUUUCCUUCCUCCUCUUUGGCAGUGUUGACUUCUGCUCCUCCAAUCCUCGUUGCUCCUUGCGAUCCCUGCCUGCCAGCCGCUGCAUUCGAGUUUUAUUUCAUUUGCUUGGUGGAGUGGCGAGAGAGGCGCUUCCCCGCUUCUUCCUACUCCGCCGCGGCGGUUUCUGAGAGCGGGAGCAGCUGCCUGCCGGACAAGACCCGAAGGCUUUCUUCCUCUCCCCAACCGCCCUGCCUUUCUCGCUCGCCCUCUGAUGUAGGCGUCUGCAGGGUUUCCUCACCCCCCCCCGCUUUAUUUUAACCCCACCACCACCUCCCUCUUUUGCAAAGUUGACAUUCCAGGGACUCGGACCUCGCUUCGCUCCUGGAGCCACUUGGCGAAGCUUGACGGAGGAGAGACCGCUUGCGCCCACCUCCCGGGGAGCGGAAAAGCUUCUUCCUCGCCCUCGCAACGAAACAACCCUAGAGAACUGGGAGACGUCCUUUCUCCCUCGUUCCGCUUUUAAUUCUUUUUCUUUUUUUUUUUUCCAAGCACUCCCUCCAGAAGCAAGUCGGUUGGGAUUGCAAACUCCUCUCAAUCCUCCCCCUCCCCGCAGGCGGUUCUGGGUCUGGAUUCCGGCUGUGUUUUCCUCCCUCCAUCGGCCAAGGAAGAGGGACCAGCAUCCCUUCCAGAGCGAGCGAGGCGCCUGAACUCCGGCCUCCCGCAGCAGCUCGACACAGCCGAGCCCGAGCGGCCGUCCGCCGCCUCGGAGGAUUUGCUGCAGCAGCUUCUCCUCGUCCGGCCUCCUCGCUCCGCUCCCCCGGAGCCUUCGCGCCAAAAGACGGAGGGAAGAAAGUCCCAGAGAGGGAGCGAGCGGGGCGGGGGGAGAGCGGUCCUUUCCGAGGGGAGGGGAAGCCAGGACAGCGGAGCCGCCCAUCAGCAGCGCUGGACGGGGGCAGGGCCGGUGCAUGUCUCGCCUUAGGCUCCACACAGGACUCGCCGCCGUGAAUGAGCGCCUCCCGCCUUCUCCUUCGCCGCCGCCGCCGCCGCCGCCUGCUGCUGCUGCUGCCGCCGCCGCUGCUGCUGCCCGGCUAGUCUCCCGGCUCCCCCUACCGGGGCACGCAGGCUCCAUAACAAGGAUCUCUCCUCGGAACCGGCUUUUUUCCAGCGGGGAUCUCCUCAAGUUUCCUCGUUUUCCUUGCACUUUUCUCUUUGUGUGUGUCCUGUGACUUUCUGUGGUUUGUCCUUCUUCUUUUCUCCUCCCUCCUUCGCUUCUCUUGGUGUUCUCCUUUGUUCUUGUCCUUGUUUUUGAAAAGACGCACACGCGCUCGCAGCUCCUCCGUCUACCCCUUGGCCGUGUCUUGUGGCGGGAGUGAUGUUGCACGUGGAGAUGUUGACGCUGGUCUUUCUGGUGCUCUGGACGUGCGUCUUCAGCCAGGAUCCCAGCUCCAAAACGGUGGCCGAUCGCUAUGCCGUCUACUGGAACAGCACCAACCCCAGAUUCCAGCGAGGAGAUUAUCAUAUUGAUGUCUGCAUCAAUGACUAUUUGGAUGUAUUCUGUCCUCAUUAUGAGGAUUCGGUGCCAGAAGAUAAGACUGAACGGUAUAUACUUUACAUGGUGAACUUUGAUGGCUACAGCUCCUGUGAUCAUACCUCCAAAGGUUUCAAGAGGUGGGAGUGCAAUCGGCCUCAUUCUCCAAAUGGACCAUUGAAGUUUUCAGAAAAAUUCCAACUCUUCACUCCCUUCUCAUUAGGAUUUGAGUUCAGGCCAGGCCGGGAAUAUUUCUACAUCUCAUCUGCAAUCCCUGAUAAUGGAAGGAGAUCCUGUUUAAAGCUGAAAGUCUAUGUACGGCCUGCAAACAACUGUAUGAAAACUAUAGGUGUUCAUGAUCGUGUUUUCGAUGUUAACGACAAAGUAGAAAAUUCAUUAGAACCAGCAGAUGAUACUGUACAUGAAUCGGCUGAACCAUCCCGUGGUGAGAAUGCAGCUCAGACCCUAAGGAUAUCCAGUCAGCCUUUCACAACUAUACUGUUCCUUCUAGCAAUGCUUUUGACGUUAUAGCACAUAUUCUAGCAAGCUGCCACAGUCAACUUCAGGGUCUUGGAACAUCAAAGAUCCACUUAACUGCUCAUCCCAGCAACGGGACAUUGUAUUGGUUUGCAGAUGUUGGUUUGUUCUCCUUUCCCAGUCUCCUCCCCUUCUCUCCUCUGCAACCUGAACUCUGAGCAAAAAUUGAAGAGGAAUAACUAGACCUCUUCCUACUCCCAAGCUUUCCCUGGCUUUCCUUGAUCCCUUCUAAAAUAAAUGGACUCCAAAUGAAAAUGCCAAAUUUCAAUAUUGACACUAGUGAUUCUUACUUUCCUCUGCAGCCUCUCUUAAGAUACUGCCUAGUUAACUUGCUGGGCCAUCUGUAUAUGGAGAAGGAAGAAUAAUAGGAGAUGCAGUUAGUCGAAGAAUAAGGAAGUUGUUUGAAAAACCAAGAGGAGUUUUUUACUCUCUUCAAUAAAAUAUUUAUUUCUCCUUGUUCAGCACUGUAAGACGAUCAUGCAAUGCACUGUGUCACCAUGUCAGGACUGGAGGGAAGAUUUUAAGAAUAGAUAUUUCUCAGUGAACAGGCUCCUCAAAGGAAAGAGUUAUCAUUUGUAUGCAACUGCCUUGAAAGGUCCCUGACCAUAGAACUUAUGCUCCAUAACAGAAGCUCUGUCAUUAGGGGAGGAAAAAGUGACUACUGACAAGCAAGGUCAGAUUUAGGAAGCUAUGUUGGAGUGAUAGUGCCUCUGUUAUCUCUCUAAGUGGAUAGUGCACACCAGAUUACUUUUCUUUUGACACAGAUACCAUGGUGCUACAAUAAUUUUUGUUCAAAUGCAAAAAGGCAUUUAUGUACUUCUAAAAUAUCUUUUCUGUGUGAAAAAAGUGACCUUUCCCAAGGCUGACAUAGCCAGUAGCCUUGUAUCCAGCUCUGGGUGACAAUACAUACUAAGUUGAUAACAACUCUGGGUGGAGUAAACCUGGUGAGUGAUACAGAAUCCCCAGUGUCAUGAUAAUUUUGCCUCCCUUGAAAAUUUGGCAACUCUUGGAGUGAAAUGCUGCCAGAAAGGAAUCAGGACAUUUGUCAUAGAGGGUGGAGGGGAGUUCUGCAUGUGAAGAACAGAGUACAGGAAGAUUUUUUUUUGAACUUUAGAGUGAAAGUUGAGGCAUUGAUCUCAUCUCUUUCUUCCUUUCCAACACAGUUGAAAAGUAGCAUAAAUGUCUUCAUUGGCAGGAGAUAAACUAGACAGACUCCCAAAGACCUUUAACUAUUUUUGUUGCUUUUAAAAAUCCACUAGAGUAGAAAAUACAUUAUCUAGAUAUACCUUAUGCUGAAAAUAAUUAUAUAUGCUUGUCCUAUUUAAAGAUGAUAAAAUGUGGUAACUUUUGACAAGAUUAUGGGGUGCUGAUUGGUUGAAAUCAGGGGUGAAUCCUUAGGCAGCUGUGUUAUGGCCUCAUAAAACACUUACCAGGAAAUGCCUUCUUUGUAGUUUUCCAUUAGCUUAGGCAGACCUAAAUAUAGAUUUACUAAAUGAGGGAGACCAUGAAAACAACUAUUUUGGAAAGUUAAUUUUCUCUCAAAAUUAGUGAGAACAAAACUUUACAAAAAUAAGGUUAGAUUCCACUGAAUUUUCACAAGUUGCAAAACAAAAAAAAAGUAUACUUUAAUACUAAAUCAUAAUACAAAUGGACAGACUUUUGUAAAUGUCUGUCUGAAUUAUGAAAAGAAAGCAUUUUUUCUAAAAAAAAAAAAAGCUGCAGGAUUUCAGGAUUCAAAAACAGCAUGAAUAAAAAGGUAAAUGCAAGGCUCUCUGGGCUUGCCUGAUACCGCAAAGUAUGGGCUUCAUUUCAGAGCACAGAGAUGUCUGAUACAGCACACAAACAAAACGAGUGUCGUAAUCCACAUUGAGGGAUGGCACUGCUUUCCUCAUGGUACAAUCAAUAAAUCUUCUCUCUUCAGGAUGUACGUUGGGUGCACGUGUAGGAAGGGAUGACCUUGAAAAGAGCGAUCAAAGCAAAGACAACGUUGCACAUGAAGUAAGGUCCCUGCAAGCGUAACCUACCAAUCGCAAAUAUGAGUAGUACUGUUUGUUGUCCUAACAAUGACUAUAGCUGUUUUUUCAUCAUUUGUCUAUAAAUAAUAAAAGGCUGGACUCACUUGCCUCAAUCGCACGCUUUCUAAACCACAGAUUGUCACUGCAGUGAAUUCAAACUUUUGCUUUGCCACAGCGCCACUGCUAAUCUAAUAAAUAAAAGCAACACGGUAAUUACAGUUAAGAUGCUAAUUGCUACACUGCCUCAAGUGCAGAUCUUGUUGGCAGUAGGUGUACAGGACCUUUGGAUAUUUGAUGGCAUCAGGCAAUCUCAGUCAUUAAGCAAGUAAUGGCCAUGUUCACAUGACAUAGUGAGGCAUAAGACUUGAUUGGUAUAAAUACUUCUGAACAGUGCAAAUACUAAACCAUCCAUUGUUAAGUGUAUGUUUCACCUGAAAGCAAAUCAUAACUCCUGUUCAAACCAAUCAUAGAAAUGAGCCAUAAGCAAGCUAUAGGCAUAUUCUAUGGUAUGUGCAGGCCAUAAAUCGUAUGUCUUGGGAACUCAAACUUAACAAGGUUUGCUGGUUGUGCAGGAGCACUGAUGCUAACCAAGCCUUAUGGUGCAUUCAUGCAAAUGUGGCCAAUGCCUGAAUAUUUUUUAAUCUCUCCCACUUGUGUGUGUGUGUACGUGUGUGUGUGUGUGUUGUCUUGACAUCUUCAAAAAGAUGUCAGUAUGUACGUUUAUAAUAGCCCCUGUUCUCAAGCAUGACAUAUGAGAUACAACAUUUGGCCCCCCUCAACUCAGACAGUCUGCCCUGUGACAUCCGAGUUUGCUAAGGGCUUUGCAAAGGGUAGCAGGGAAAUAAGGAUUGGUCUGUGUGGUGGAUACUGUGUAUCCUUUAAUAGACAACAAGGUAACAUUUUGUGUUAGUUUAGAAAUAUUGUUUUGUACUGUACUUUCUCAGCUGGCGAAGGAAAGACAAGUUAAGACAAAAAAAAUGCUUUGUUCUUUAAAUUCUGUAUUAUUAGCAGCCUCUGUUGUACAUAGUGUUUGAUAAUAAAGUAUUAAUUUGAUUCUUAUGUCUUUUGUAAGUGAGAAGAAAAUAGACUUUCAUGAUAUUAAAAUUUAAAUGAACAAUGCACCCUCUGAUUGUAUCCCCGAAGAAUCCAUCAUGGCUACUGAGCAUUGUAGCCACCACAGGUCGCUCCCCAUGCAGGAUUCACUCAUGAAAACCAUUCAGCCGGUCUCAAGAUUUCACAGUGGCAGGACUCGGAGCACUGUGGCACCUGAUUAUCAAUGUUUUGUCCGUGGUGUUAAUGGGCUGUUGUUGAAAGCCCAUGGUACUUUCCUUUGGGUUAGGUUUUCAUUAGCAUGUGGAUUCGCAAUAGCUUGGGAUUUUAUUCUUCUUUCUUGUGAGAAUGGUUUUUCCUUCCAGUUGUUUAAUCCUCUUUUUUUUCCAUGGGUCAUUAUUUCAAAAGGGGCCUUCCCAGCAUCAUAUGUGAUAAUGUACAGUGACUUGAUUCCCCACCCCAUUGAACACCAAAUGUAGCAGGGGGUUAUAUGUAAAUAAUUUUCUUUCCUGUAUAACCAUUGAAGGAAAGAAAUAAUAGCUACCAAGGGAAUAUGUGUGUUUGGUUUGUUUUCACAUAUUUUUAUGAAAGCAGUGGCUGUGUCAAUUUUGCAAGUUUUGAAAAAUAUGAAACUUUUUUCAUACUGCAGUCCGGUUAUGUAUGUCCACCAAUUUUCUUUCCAUUUAUUGUACAUCACAUGUGCUCUUUCUCUUCCCUGCUACCGAGCCCCAUUAAGUUCUCUUUAAAAAAUGGAACAGUGAAUGGGCAGGUCUGUUUCUGACUUAGCACUACCCCAUUUUUCCCAUCCAUUCACCCAUGUUUUUCAGAUGUGAGACAAAUCUCCCUACAAGAGGCUUACUGCCAUUGUCUGAACAGUUUAAUAGAUGCUGGCAUGUUGGAGGUUGCUCAUGAGCCUUCAGAAUCUGCUUCCCAUGCUUACCCAUGACACCCUAUUGAAGCCACUGAUUGUGUCCUUCUGGGUAUGAAAGUCCAGCUCAGUGUGGUCCUGUCCUUGUACUGCCCUGCUUUGCAGUUUCUUUGCACUUAUUUAUUGAGUGCUGUUUUUGAAAUGCUUACAUUAUAUGAACUUAACAAAAAGUGUAAAAAAAAAAAAA